AUGCUCAACUACGAUGAACGCUCUUCACCUUCAGAGCUGUUGGACUCUACACCAGCCCUCACUUCUUCAAUGUCCGAGUCAUCGGACACCACGAUGUCCUGCUGCGAUGAGUGCUCGUUUCCAUUUGAACGAGCCGUCUCUACCACGACCUGCGAUGGAUGUUAUUUAUCGCCCGAGUCGUCGGCUAGUACCAUGACGUGCGAUGGGUCGUGUUGUUGCAUGACUGAUGUGGCAGGCCGGGUCGGCAAUGAUGGCGAUGCCUACCAAUCAUUGUAUCCUGAUUCGCAUCCUGGGGGGACCGCCUGCAAAGAAGGUGAUACGACCGUUGGCUUUGCAGGAGCCAAAGAUGUCGGCCCCACCCGCAUGCCUGCAUACUGGAGUCUGCAUUGUAUCAGUCUCUGGAGCGGCACGCCCCUGGUUGUGGUACGGUCUUCUCCGCUGGCUUGGGUGGCUACGGACGUGUACGAUCUGGACCCUGAUGCACUCAACAACUUCUGUGCUCGCUUUAGUAGGUGGGUGGACUUUUUCCACCCAACGGCAAACGACCACAAGGUCCUCCCACUCUAUCCUCCCAAAAUUUUGCCGGGUAGACACCGCAUUCUCGAUAUCUCGGAUAUGAUUUUACGUGGGGGCGAAUGGUAUGUGAUUCUCAGAGUCGAGGCUUGUAUGAGCCUGGAAGAAGUACAAAACAACGAUGAUAUCCGACCAUGGGUGUCUAGAAGAGGUGGUGUUGCUGGAGCGGGAGUCUCCUCGCGUCUUCACUCUGAGGAACUCCUCCCCACGUAUGAGUAA